AUGCACAGAGGAAGAGAACGAACUUCAUAUAUCCCUUUUUUAAUCAAUCAAGAAACAAGAUCGGACGUGAUUCCAGUUCGUCUCCAUUUUAGUGACACUCUUCCUCAAGCAAGGCAGCCGAUAAGUCAUCGAAGGGUUUGUUUGAAUAAUGGACUGGUAACCAUUACUCAUUUGAAAGUUUCCCACGGUGAUCUAAUAUCUUUUAAAGAAAAUGACGGGAGAACCCGCGGUUUUGAAAUAAGGAGAUCUUUCUAUAUCGACAUAUCAGUUGGAAAAAUCAUAGGCAAAUUCCUAUCUGCCAUAUCAGUUGGAAAAAGAAGAGGCAAAUUCCUACCGGCCAGAAUCUGGAGAAGAACAAAAAAAGAAUGGUUCCGCUUACUCACAACUCAGAGGGGAUGCCGCUUACUACUCAAAUCCAAGGAAUUGCAAACGUUGCGUUCUUAUAUGCAAGAAGAAGACUUUGAAAGAACAAAGAAGUUUGGAUCCGCAAAAGUAUGCUUAGGCAGUUCCUUCGCUGAGCACAACAGAAUGAAGAGGAAUUUGUUUCAUUUCAAAUACUUCUUCUUAUUGAAAAGAGGGAAGGAGAAAAACCGAAAUCUUCCUACUCGAACAAUAAGUCCUUUUGUAGAAAAGUCUUCUUUAUAUGGUAAUUCAACCUAUUGCUCCAGAUACCCAUUUACUAGGAAGAUAAGAAUCAAAAGGAUCGAACUACCUACUCAUUAUUCGGAGGUGAAUCAUAGAACACUAAAAGCUGUGGUAUCUUAUGGACCUAACAUAGGUCACAUCCCUCACGACAUAAGAUUGAAAGAUCCAAACCUUCCUCUUCGGAGCGGAAACGGACGUGGCCAAAACAUAUAA